GUAACAGAAAUUAAAUUGACUUCACAUAUCCAUAAAUUGAAUCAAAUCAAUCACAGAUAGAUAGAGGAGAAUCGUGAGAUGGGUUGCUUCGCUUGUUUCGAUGGCGGAAGCAAGCAGCGUCGACGCGAAGAGGAUCGUUUAGCCUCCGAAGAAGCCCGCGCCAAAGCCGCCGAAGCUGCCCAGAAAAGGCAAGAGCAAUUUGAGCAAUCAGCAGCAGGAAGAGCUGCAAAAGCGCAGAUAGCGGCUGCUGCAAAACAAAACGCAAACACUAACAAAGGCGAACCAGUUCUUAAGUGGCAAAUGGGAUGAGGUUACACUUCAUCGAUAGACCUUCAACUGUACUAAAUUUAUGAAGUUUGGCAAAGUUAAUCCAUCUAUGAAUGUGGAGUAGACAUCUUUUUAUUCUUAAAAUUGCAAGUCUCUGUAUAGGAAGUGUGGAUAAGCCUAAUAAUUUCUCUUUGUAUUAUGUUAACUUAUUGCUCUGUAACUUUUGUUAUUGUUAUAUAAUAUGAUGAUUCUCACUUUUCUUGAA